AUGAAGUUGGAUAUUUCUUGCUUUAGUUUUUUAUCUCGAAAUGAGUACAGAGUACUUACAGCGAUUGAGAUGGGUAUGAGGAACCAUGAGUAUUUAUCUGUAUCAUUAAUAUCAUCAAUAGCAAAUUUAAGAAAGGAAGGAAUUGUUAGUGUUUUAAAGAAAUUAUUAAAAAAUAAAUUGAUUAGUCAUCAGAAUAAGAAAUAUGAUGGGUAUAAAUUAACAUAUUUAGGAUAUGAUUUUUUGGCUUUAAGAACAUUUUUAAAAAGAGGUAUAUUAAAAAGUAUAGGUAAUCAAAUUGGUGUUGGUAAAGAAUCUGAUAUAUAUAUAUGUAAAGAUGUGAAUGAUAAUUUGUUAUGUUUAAAAAUACAUAGAUUAGGACGUAUAUCAUUUCGAACGAUUAAAAAUAAUAGAGAUUAUUAUGGUAAAAAAUGUUUUAGAAAUUGGUUAUAUCUAUCAAGAAUAGCAGCAACAAAAGAAUAUGCAUAUCUAAAAGCAUUAUAUGAAAAUAAAUUCCCAGUACCUAAGCCACAUGAUAUAAAUAGACAUAUGAUAAUUAUGUCUUAUAUAAAUGGAUAUCCACUAUCACAUGUGAAAUUAAAUAAUCCUUAUAAAGUAAUCGAUAUAUUAUUUAAUAUUCUUGUGAAAUUUGCUAAAGCAGAUAUUAUACAUGGAGAUUAUAACGAAUUUAAUAUAUUAAUUGAUGAUGAUGAAAAUGUAACUAUUAUUGAUUUUCCUCAGAUAGUUUCUUUAGGACAUGCUAAUGCAAAAAUGUAUUUUGAAAGAGAUAUAAAAUGUGUUAUUAAUCACUUUUUUAAAAAAUAUAAAAUAAAAAUUGAAGAAUAUCCAUUAUAUGAAGAUGUGGUCUUAUUAAAUAAAGACAAAUUAAAUAUUGAUCAAAACGAUGUUACAAAUCAGGAUGAUAAUUUAUUACUUGAGGUUUUACAAAAUGAUAAAUUAAAUUAUAGUUCAGAUGCUACGAAUAAUUUGGAUGAACCACAUGAACAACACAUCGAUGCAUCCUUAGAAAAAGAGGAAACCUUGGAUGAAUAUAAUGAGAGCACACAUAUGUUUGAAUUACAUAUGUGUAUGGAUAAUCAAAAUAAAUAUGACAAGGAUGAUAUAAAAAUGAAUAGGGGCAACAUAAAUGAUAAUUGUGAUAGUGGAGGGGGUAACAUGAAAAAUGAGGAAGAAACAAAUGGGGGUAGUGUCAUAUAUGAAAAGAGGGAAGACACAAAUGGGGGUACUUCCAUUUUUGAGAAAGAAGGAGAUAAAAGGAAUGAUAGUAUUUUAUUUGAAAAAGAAGGAGAUAAAAGGAAAGAUAGUAUUUUAUUUGAAAAAGAAGGAGAUAAAAGGAAAGAUGGUAUUUUAUUUGAGAAAGAAGGAGAUAAAAGGAAUGAUAGUAUUUUAUUUGAAAAAGAAGGAGAUAAAAGGAAAGAUGGUAUUUUUUUUGAGAAAGAAGAAGAUACCCUUGAACAUAUUUUAAUGGAUAAUAAUUAUGAAGAAAAAAAAAAAAGACAAAAAGAAGAAUAUAUUAAAAAGAUGGAAAGUAUUUCUAUAAAACAAAGUGAUAAUAAUAAUAAUAAUAAUAAUAACAGACGAUAUGACAAAUGUGGUGAUAAUUCAUUAUCAUGUGAUGAAAUAGAAAGUGAUAAUUCGAGUGAAAUGAACAAUAAUGAUGACACAGAUUUUUCGAGCUCUUCAUCAGAUGAAAAUUCGUUAGAUCAUGAAACAAAAAAAUUGUCAGACACGUGGAAACCACAUUUAAGAAAAUAUACCAAGGAAUAUGUAAAAAAUAAGUUGAAAUAUAUGUAUAGAAAAAAAAAAAGUAAGGAAAAAUUUAAGGAAAAUUUAAAAACAAAAAAUAAAAAAAAAGUUAUGGAGAAAAUUAAAAAUUACUUAUAA